AUGGGCCUUCACUUCGGUAACCUGGCGCGAGUUCGCCAUGUCAUCACCUACAGCCUUUCUCCCUUCGAGCAGCGAGCUUUCCCCAACGUCUUCUCGCACGGGCUGCCCAACAUCUGGCGGCGUUUCAGCUCCAGCGUCUUCAAAGUGGCGCCCCCCUUCCUGGGAGCUUAUCUCAUUUAUUCCUGGGGGACGGAAGAGUUUGAGAGGCAGAAGAGGAAAAACCCCGCUGACUAUGAAAACGACAAAUAA